UUUUUUUAAUAGGAAACUAACAAGUUUGCUCUUAUAAUCCCUUAUUUGGUGCAGCGAUCUGGCUAUUUCACAGAGAUUUCAGCUCUGCAAAUAAACUGGAGCCCAUAGCUUCCCUCGGAGAAACUGCUGGUUGGAGGUGGUCAACAGAAAUCUCCAAAAGACAUGAACAAGGAAAGGUCUUGCUGAGACUCACCCAAAGGAAAUCCCGGAGGAGAACGCUGAGCCCUUAUUUCACAGUGAAGCGGCAAGAGCGGGAAGGAUUUGUAACACAAACGAAUAUCGACCAUUGACCAACAGAGGCAGAAGGAUUCUCCCAACUACUACCGCAGCCCCCACGAUGAGAAUCUGGCUCCUGCCCCGGCCGCUUCAUCUCCUACUGCUGUUCUCUGGCCUGCAGACCCCCACCUGGAGUUCUGAGGUUGCAGUUAACAUUGACUUUGACUUGGCACCAGAUUCCUUUGAUGAUCAGUACCAAGGCUGUAGCCCACAGGUCAUGGAGAAGCUAAGCCAAGGGGAUUAUUUCACAAAAGAAAUAGAAGCACAUAGAGAUUACCACGGGGUCUGGAAGAAAGCCCACUUAACCUGGCUGAACAGAGCCAAAGAUCUCCCCAAGAACAUGAAUAUUACACAUGCUCUGGCCAUCUUGGUUUAUACAUCAAACAACAGUGUUCACACAAGCUUCACCAGAGCCAUGGCCAAUGCUGGGAGGUCUCCACAGCAUUAUGAACGUUCAUUCCAUUUCAAGUACUUACACUACUACCUGACCUCAGCGAUCCAGCUGCUAAGGAAAGAAAUGGUCAUGAAGAAUGACUCUCUGUGUUUUGAGGUGUAUCAUAAGAUGAAGAAUAUCAAUUUGGAAGCCUACAGUGGUGCCACCAUCCGAUUUGGCCAAUUCCUCUCCACCUCUCUCCUAAAAGAAGAGGCACAGAACUUUGGGAACCAAACUUUAUUUACCAUAUUUACCUGCCUGGGCGUACCUAUACCAGAAGACUCUCACAAGAAGGAGGUCCUGGUCCCUCCCUAUGAGUUGUUCAAAGUUGUAAAUAUGAGCCAUCAUCCAAGAGGAAAUUGGUUGCAGUUGCAAUCCACUGGGAACGUGAGCACAUACAACUGUCAGCUGCUAAAAGAUUCCAGCAAAAAGUACAACCCCGCUCCUGUGGUUAUUGCUUCUCUCUCCUUUUUGACCAGUAUUGUCACCUCUUCCAAAAGUGGAGUGUAAAGGAAACUUGGGGUUUUGCUUUCUCUGUGCCUUUCUGCUUGAUGCCAGUGAUCCCCUGAAUACCCUCGGGGAAUCACUCUGCCCAGUUAUCAACUGAUGCAACACUCGCUCAGCCCACUGCCUGGGAGCAGACCUGGAACUCAGUGUAUUUCUUCUCCAUGGACACCGAGAUUCAUCAGGAAUAGAAAAGGACCCAGUCAGAACUAGUGAGAUACAGUCAUGGGAAUUUUUUGGAAUUGGGUUUGGGAGUGGGUUGGGAGCCUUUUAACUGAGUGGAGAUUGAUGAAAGCAGAAUGAGUAUGAGCCCACAGCUGCCAGCCACGCUCUUGCCACCAAGAAGGGAGACUCUAUCUCCUUGAGAAUGGAGCAAACACAAUGAAGGAAGAACUGAAAAAUGCAA